CAAAUGUUAAGUUUGUUUACUAACAUGCUAGCCGGGAUGGCGAAAAGAAAAUGGAUUGACGUUUUCUAAUCAUUGUGAUUUCUUUUAUGUGUGUUUUGCGAUGAAUUGAUUUAUUGUAUACUUUUGUAAACAGGGAAUAACAACCUUUGUUGCUAUACAUUGAUUUAAUUUCAUGACGAAGAUGAAAGUUAUAAAAAGUUCUCUUUCCAGUGCAACUCUCUUUGUAUAACUUUUUAAAGAAAAUUGUUUAUUCGAAUUUUUAAGCCAAAAUCAACUUUUGUGUGAUUUUAAAUAGACGUUAUAGUUAUACAGUCCUAUACAAAUUUGUUUUUAUUUUAUAUAAAAAUGAUGAUCAGUUUUAUAAAUCUAAUUAUUCUUCAGUUAUUUGUUACUUUUGGAAAAGGCAGCGAAAUUGCACCUGCGUUUUAUGGCUUAGAACGGCCAGCUCUUGAAUAUGAACUGCCGCCACUUUUAUACACAUUUGAUGAACUUGAACCUUAUAUGGACGAAGGAACAGCAAAAAUGCAUUAUUUUGAGUACCAUGGUUUCUAUAUCCAAGAAGUUAACUCAAUAUUAAAGCGAUGGCGUAGAAAUAAUGUCAAGGGGAAGCAUGCUUCAAGGAUGUCAAUCAUUGAUAUAUUAAGAAAUUUAUCUCAUAUACCAUUCUCUUAUAGAACAGAUCUAAAAAAUUAUGGUAGUGGAUUGUUAAACCACAAUCUUUACUGGGCUACAAUUUCUCCAAAUCCUCAAGGAGAGCACAGAUUACCUGUUGGGCAUCUAGCAGAUAAAAUAAAUACCAAGUUUGGAUCCUUUCUAGAAUUCAAAGCAACAUUCACUGAUGUGGCCUCGAAUCACUUUGGUUCUGGUUUUGUAUGGCUGUGCAGAAAUCAUAGCUCUCAGGGUUUUGAUGAUUUAGUGAUAAUGGCUACUGAUAAUGAAAAUUCUCCAUUAAGCUACAAUCUUUUACCUAUUCUUGGUAUAGAUAUAUGGGAACAUGCUUACAUAAUGAAACUUCAUAAUCAAAAAUCAAAGUAUAUUGAAAACUGGUGGUACCUUGUUGAUUGGCAACAAGUUAAUAAUUUAGCAGAAUGGUGGACUGGACUGAAAUUGCAUGACGAAUUAUGAAAGGGAAAUUAUAAUUAGAUUUAUUAUAUUACAAGAAUAGAAAUGAAUACAGUUAAAAAUUUGAAACUGUAACAUGAACAAUUUAUUCUUUCUGUGUGAGCAUUGCAUGCUUAUUUAUUAUAGUCAUUCCAUUAGUUUAUUUAAGAAUGUACCCACCUUAUUUUUACUCUAGAUCUAAUAACAUGGCAUAAUAUAUUCCUCUUAUGCUAUUUAUGAUCAGCAUUUCUUUUUUAAUUUAUUUCUCUAGCUCUUUCCACUUUGAAGACAGAUUUCACUCAGAAUGCUGUUUUCACUCUUAUCUUAGAAGUAAAUUUGAGACACAAGUUUUUCCUUUAGCAAAUACAGUUUUAUGAACUGUUUACUAUUAUUACUACUACUAUUAUUAUUCUUCCAAUAUAAUUAUCAGCGAUACUAAUUAUCAUGAUGUAUCAUGAAAGGGAAGUUGUGUAUCUCUUUAAAAUACUUGGGCUUAAAAAAUUAUAUUGUAAAAUAAUAGUAGUUUAAGUUUCAUGCAGUGGUGAGCAAAUUAGCAGGAUUGACUCGUCUAUAGGCAGUAAGAAAAUACAAAAUCAAGGUUUUUUCAGUGUAUAAUUACAGUUACAAUUUUCUUUAGUCUUGCACGAAAUAUUAGUAUCUAUCAUUGACUGUGUGAUACAAUUUUUUUUCUGACGGUUUGAAUAGAGUUCAAUCAAUAAAACUUGUUAUUAAGAAUGUCUUUAGAUAGGUAAAAUUCAAGAAGGGUCUGUUUUUUUGCAGUUCCUUUCUGCAAACACUUUGAUAUUAUAUCUUUUUAUAUUGUGCAGUAAAUAUGAGCAUUAUCUAACGGCCAUGAACUUAAACUUUACUUCUGCACUGUUAAUCGUACUGUUCCUUUGCUGUGAAUUUCUUUGCUAUUCUGGUUAGAUAUCUUUUUUGAUUUAAAAAAAAUACACAUUAAACUUAGACCAGAUUACGAUAUUUACAAUUUAAAGUUUGUCCCAUCUCUUUCCCCCCAACUUUUAAAAGCAGAUAUUCUGUAUUGAUUUUAAUUACCCGAUAAAAACAAUUUUUAAGUUGCAAAUCUUAUGACAAAUAGAAAUAGUAAAACUUUAAAUUUCAACUCUCAUUCAAAAGAAUUGAUUUUCAGUAUCUUGCAUAAUUUAAAAAUAAUUUUUAUCCAGAUCUAAAAAAAGAAAGAAAAAGUGCUGAACUUUUAAAAUCCCAUCUAGAUACUCUAACACAAAGAUGCGAAGUUUGUUAAUUUGAGAGGUAAUCAGUCAAUAGUGAAGGAAAUUGAAUCACACUGUUUUGCAAGAAAAUUUAAAGACAAGAGAAAAAAGUAAUAUUCUGAAAAUUAAACGAUAUUAUUAAACGACUUUAAUUAGAAUAAUUCCAGCACUUGGCGUAUAUAAAUAAAAUGAAAGCGCAAAAUUAAAAUACCCUGAAAAUAAUGCUAUAAAGCUCUCCUUUUUCCCAAACUUGCACAUUCUAAGCAAUUACUUACUUUGCUUAUUAAAUAUUCCUGGAAUUUCCAAACAUUUUGAAUUAGUUGAGAAAUUGAAAGAUCAGUUAAUCAGGAAAAUUUAAUUAAUUUUAAAUAUUUAAUUGGUAGAUUUAAUUUUAAGGCAAAUAAUUUUUCUUAUAAAUUUUGAGAAAUUUGAAAUGUGCUUUAAAAAAUUUUGUGCUCUCAGUGUCAUUCUCUCAGACUGUUUUAAAGUUUUGCCCUCCGAAAAGUCCGAAUUUCGAAUAAAACCUGACAAUUUAAAGGAAUAUAAUUUUAAAGAAUUUUAAUAAGUCUGUUCCCAUUUAAAACUCAUAGAACACUUGUAGAUUAAUAAGAUAUAAUACAAUGAUUGAACAAUUUUUAUCUUUCCGGUGCAAUAAUUUCAACAAAUAAAACAUAAUUGAAUGUGUACUAUAAUAUCAAGAUAAAAAUUAUUAAUCUUUUUUUGCUAUAAACCUGAUUAGAAAGGCGAAUUUUAUUUUUAAGUAAUUUUUGAUAAUACUAAUAAUUACUAUUUAACUAUUUUUUAUUUUAUUUUAAUUAUAGCACAAAUUUCUUCUAAAAGAAUUGAAAAUAACUUCUUUACACAUGUAUUUAUUUUAUCCAUAUAUUUCAAGAUCUUGUUGUUUAACAGUAGUAGUAAAAAUCUUUGUUAGUAAGGAUAAAGAAUGUUUGAAAAAUAAGUGAAAAAAUGAUUCUGAACUUAAAUUUUUAAACAGUUAAUAAAUUCUAGGUCAGAAAUAUAUAAAUUAUUUAUUUAUUAAAAACUAAAUUAGUGAAAAUUUUAAAAAAUGUGGAAAUGUAAAUUGUGCAAUUAUUUUGAAUAGCACAGUUUAGGUUUAAAAGUUACAAUACCCCCACAAUUACAGCGCACAUAUUGUCAUUGAAACUGCUAAUUUUAUUUUAAACCAAGCAUAAUUAUUCUAAAAUGAGAUAUAUGAUAAUUGAGUGGCCAUUCUUUCAUCCAAUAUGUAUAUUUUUAUCAACGAAUUGUGAAUAUAUAAUAUGUAUUUUCUUGGCAAACCUAUAAAAGGUUUUUUAAAUAUUCUUUGUUAAGUUGCAUUAUUUUUAUUUAUUUCACACAUUAUUUAAUUGUAUUUAUUGCUUUCAUUAUUUAUUACUCUCAUACUUAUGCUAUAUUUAUUAAUUAGACUGUGAUAUUAAAGAAAGUCAUUUUUUUCAUCUCAUACACUUAAAAAAUGCUCUACUUUGAAUGAUUGAGCAUUGUAAUAAAAGUACAUAAUUUUAAUUACUUUCUUUGAGCUUUGUUAUUUUAUUUUCACUUUGUCGUUUGCUCUUGUUGCAUUAUAUUGCACAGUCUGAACUGUUAAAAUGAUUAUGUUCAUUGGAUGUUGAUUAAAUUAUUGAUUUAUGCACAUUAAUAUGCUAAUUUUAUACUAUAAAUGUGUAUUUCCAAUAAAAUAUAUGAUUAUAAAAAC